CAAGCGUUAUCCCCUCAGGGUCGGCGAGAUCGCUCCCGUCGCUCCUCUCCGCUCUUUCCCCUCCUCAACGGUGGCGAUACCGAGGCCCCUCUUUCCUUCCUGGGGGUGAUAAAAAAACCUCCGCGACUUCUAUCCCUAAGAACUGGUCGUCUCCUUUAAGAGAGGGGGCUGGGCUUCCAGUGACCUUCCAUUCGCCCGCCCCUUCCUGGUUGCCAGAGCGACUGGGAGUUGGCGUCCUAAAAUGGCGUCCCUCCUGGACGAUACUUUGUUCGAGACGCGCGGACAAGCCCCGGCGCCCAGCAAAGACUUCUACCAAAUCAUCGUUACUAGGAAGGAUGUGAUUUUCAGGUGGUGGAAAAUUUCUCUUCGGAGUGAAUUCCGUGAAGCAAGGCCUGGAGAACUCAAAGAAUCUCAUGAAGAUUUCUUGGAUGAUCCCUCCCUCCAAAUUCAAAUAGCCAUUGUGUUUGGAGCAAGCACUCUGGAGCAUAUCUUCAAUCUGUGCAGAGGUAAUUUUGAUUACCUGGUGCGACUGCCAGAUACAUUGCUUCUGUACAUCAUGUCUUAUUUGGAUCUUGAAGACAUUGCAAGGCUUUCCCAAGUAUCACGCAGAUUUGAAAUGAUAUGCAACUCUGACAAACUAUGGGAAAUGAUUGUGCAAGAUUUAUUGGGCACCAUCACUCCAGAAAUGAAGUCCCUGGCACAAGAAAUUGGGUGGAAGCAGUUCUUCUUCACUAACAAGCUUCAGCUGCAAUUACAGCUCCGAAGAAGGAGAAAUAAGUCAGCUGGUUCUUCUGGAAGUCAGUCUGAUUAGAUGAGUAUUUUUCCUAAUUAAACAUUUUGAAAAGUGUGGAUUUAUAUAUAUAUAUAUAUAUAUAUUGUAAGCUGAACAUCUUGUUUAGCUUUUUAGAAAAAAAAUCUGAUCACAAGAUUUGAAUAAAGAUAGAGGCUCCCUUAAAAUAGGCUAUUAGAGAUGCCUGAGAAAAUCUUCGUUAUAUUAUUCCAUUCAUUUUCAUUUAAUAUUUCAUUUAAAUUGCAUUUUGUUCUCCAUUUGUUUUCAGUAAAUUUAUUUAAAUUGUUCACAUUUUAUGCCUUUUGAUGUUUGUUUGUUCUUUUGCUUUAUUCGGACUUUGAUGUCCAGCAGGUGGCAGCCACCUUUUAUUUUAUAUCGCUGUUACCAGCAAUGAUUACUAAUAUGUAUGUACUGUAUGGAUACAUAGAGAAAGCUGUUUUUUCUUUUCAUACAAUAUCUGAAAUGACACAAUGGGUAUAGCAUUCUAAGAAAAUAAAAUGAGAAUUGCCAGGAAAUGGCAAAUGAAAUCAGCUGCUAUUAUCAAAGAAAGUUAAGAAUCCCCCACUGUCCAAAUUAAUAUCAAAUAGUAAAACUGGGAUAAUGAAAACUCAGUAAUUCUUGGUUUCAUUUGCUAUAAAGCUGUUAUGUAAUUAACAUAAUCAAUUGUAAUCAAAUUACUAAUAUUUCUCUCCCACAAUUUCAUUGACAGAGCAAACAUUUCUUUGUCAGGGUUUAGUUCUGAAGUCCUCAGAAAGAUCUAUCCCUAAAAAAAAUUAGGGGGAGGAGUUUUAUAACCUUUGCUUACAAAAUAAUUUUUCCUGAUGAGUACUUCUACAAAAUCUUAGUAGCAUUAAAUUUACCAAGAAAUGUAUUUUCCAGGCAAGGUUGUUAAUUUCCUGACAUGUGACAGUCACACUGUGAAUUACAAAUUUCCAGCAUACUGAAUCUCUUGUUCUUUCAUAAAUGUAUUAAAAUGUGUAAUGUUUUUUUCUAUAGUGUUAAAAUGCUGGUUCAUCCUGAGUGGCUCAAAAAUAAGAAUAUUCUAUAAUAGUUUUGUUUGAUAUAUUAAUUUAAAAUGGAUAAGAGGACCAGAUCCACAACAAAAUAACAUUUUCUUCUUUAGAAUGCUGCUAUGUUAUUUACCACAGACUGAAUGAUAAAGCAAUGUUGUUCAUAGGGACCCUGAUUAUUUGCACUAUAAAGGGUCUUUUUGUUACCUAACAUAAUUUUCUAGAAAAUAUUUAUAAAGAUGGGGCCAUUAAUCUUAUAAUAGGAAAAUAGUUUUUCUACUUUGAAGAAAUAAAAAUACAGCUAAAUGAUUUGAAACAAUGCAAACAUGACUAUUUUCUACCUUAAUAACUUCAAAAAAAAUUAUACUUAAUUUUUCCUAUUGAUGUAGGUGCUUGUUGUUGUAUUUUUAAAAUAAUUAUAGUUUCAAGACUUGAAUUAUUUAUACAGAAACAAAUGUGUGUGGGUUUCCUUCAGUAUCUUUUUGUUUUCCAUUCCAUUAAUUAUAUGUGCCAAUAUUCUAGAUAGCACGUUUGCUACUGAUAUGCCUGUCCUUAAUAAAAUAUCCCAUUUGGAA